CGUGAGCUCAUUAGCAGCAGUGCUGCUGGUUUUCAAACAGGAUGAACGCGCCACCAGCAUUCGAGUCGUUUUUGUUGUUUGAGGGAGAGAAAAAGAUCACAAUAGUUAAGGACACCAAAGUGCCCAAUGCAUGUCUGUUCACACUGAAUAAGGAGGACCACACGCUGGGGAACAUCAUUCGGUCACAACUGCUGAAGGACCCUCAGGUGCUGUUUGCUGGAUAUAAAGUUCCCCACCCUCUGGAGCACAAGAUUGUGAUCCGUGUUCAGACAACACCAGACUACAGUCCGCAGGAAGCCUUUACUAAUGCAAUCACUGAUCUGAUCAGUGAGCUUUCCCUGCUAGAGGAGCGGUUUAGGGUUGCCAUCAAAGACAAGCAGGAGGGAAUAGAAUGAAGAACCGUUACAGUCUACAACUAAUUCCCAAUGGACUGAAUUGCCACACUUAAAGUGGGUUCUUACAAUGCGUUACGGUGUUUCGAUAAUCCCAUUUAUUUAUUUUCCUCAAAUAUUAAGAGGGUGACUGACAAGCUGUCAUUUAAAUAAUCAGAGACCUUCAACAGUCUGUAACCAGAUUGAGGUUAAGAACUUUGAAGUUCGUCUUUCAGGAUUGUUUUUCUAACUAAACAUGCUGAUAUAAUGAAAUUCUUAAAUUUGAACAUUCUUUGAAAAUAUUUAAUUGCACAGUAAAUUCAUGUAUAAGAGAAUUGUGUGUUUUUUGUGGUCUCAUUCAUUUGUGAUGUACUUUGUUUUUUUCCAUUAAUAAAUGUCCUUUUUUUUUUUUUUUAAGAAAUAGUAUAACGUUGUUUGAUUUAUGUGAGUCUUAACCAUGGAGCUAUAAAAUACUUGGAGAGAGCGAUCAUCCCCGUUCAUCUCUAUGAUUGCUCAGCUUGCAAAGGGUUCCCAGGAGCGUCACCGGAUGACGAUGUGCUAUAAUGUAAUGAAAUAAUUUAAAUGGUUCUUGGAAUUUUUUGGUAUUUCGUCAUAAAACACGGCUACUUUUGAAUGGCUGUCUAUGGAGAAAUAUGCUUUUUGUCAUCGGGUGGUGUAGUUACAGCAUCUACCAUCUUUAUUGUGUAAAUUGGGAUGGAAAUCAAGAUUGGGAACUAUUUUAGCCUCAAGUAGUUGUUUCUAAGGGGACACAUUAAAGGGAUGCACAAAUGCGGCUUGAUGGCUACUGGACAGAGGCAGCGUUUUGAUUGUGGUUGUAAGGGAAUACGAACUUGCCUGAGAUGCGAGCAAGAGCAGUCUAAGCAAAAUAUACUGCAUAAGAAUGAGCUGGUAAGUAAACAAUACAUUUUAAAAAGCGACAGACUUAAACGCUUAAUCUCACAACGAGUUCAGUUGUGUUCUGGUGUCUGAUUUUGCUUAAAAUCCUUACAUUUGUGAUUUUAAAGGUGCACUUCCUAUUUUUAUUAUUAUUAUUAUUAUUGUUUUUCACUAUUUAAAAAGUUUUACUCAAGAAAUAAAUUGUAAUUUUGAAACAAAUAUAUAAAAUCAUUAUCAUUCA